AUGGGCGAGCCCCUCCGCACCGUCGUGCGGGUCAAGCGUGCCGAGGCGGGAUACGAGGGGCGAGAUGCGGGCGCGGGGUCCCUCUUCAUCGCCGGCAACGCCCUCGAGCUCGCCCCUCCGGAUCGUGGCGACGGCGUGAGACACUCGUACGGCGCCAUCUACGACUCCUUUGCCUCCGACCAAGACCUGUGCGAGGUCGAAGUGAGGCCACUCGCCGCCUCACUGGCCACCGGCCUCAAUGCAGCGGUUCUGGUUGCGGGGCACUGCCGCUCGGGACGCGAGGCGCUCUUUGGCGCGAUCGCCGCACGAGCGGUUGAGGGCAUCUUCGAGGCGAUGCGGCAGCGACUGCAGGCUGGCGAUCAGGCUGGAGGACUCACCUUCACACUGACCGCACGGUACGCCUUCAUCCCUGCCGCCUCCACAGUCACCACCGCCACGCUUGAGCUGAGGCAAGAGCACAAGGGCCGCUCCGCCGCACCGGAUCGCCGGAGGUCGUCGUCGGAAGAGGCUAGCGGUGGCGGUGGCGGCGGCGGUGACGCUGACCUGGUCUCCUCGCUGCUGCUCGCAGACGUCGAGACAAACGCACUCGGAGACGGGCUGGCCAGCGGGCUUCGCCAGCUUCUCAGCGGCCCCGGCUCUGCGCACGCUGCGCACAGCGGGCCAGCAUUGCUGCUUCGCGACGCCGUCGGCGGGAACUGCAAGACGGUGUUGCUCGGGACGGUGGCGCCGGAGGACUUUGCCGAGUCUUGCGCGACGUUGCAGCUGGUCGCACAAGGGGCGGGCUUCGUCAACUUCCCCCUCGUCAACGACGCGCACCACCGGUGGGUGAGCCUGCAGCUACAGGAACAACUCUCCGCUGCGGAGGGCCGGCUGCAGCACGGGGUCGAUUUGCUCGAGGAGGACCGCAGGGCGCUGCCCAACCAGCUGCACGGGGCGGCAGCGCGGCUGCAGGCGCUGGUCGACCAGAUGCAGCAGGAUGCGAAAGGGGCUGCGGGCGAGAAGCAAAAGCUGAUGGCGGAGGUACUUGAGCUGCGCACCCAGUAUAAUGGCGCGACGGGCGAAGUGGUCGCCCUCAAGGAGGAGGUGGUGGCCACCAAGCAGGAGAAGCUCGCCCUCUCAAAGGAGCUCGUGGCGACGCAGCUCUCCGCCAACGAGGAGUCAGCCGCGCAGGCCGAGCAGAUCUUUAGCCUCGAGCAGGAGGCAAUUGCAUCGGCAGACCUUCUAGCGCAGCUGCAGGAGCGCGCCGCGAGCCUCGAGGCCGACCGUGACGGGAAGGCCAACGCGCUCGCCGAGCUGGAGACGACAGCAGAGACGGCACGGCUCGAGGCGGUGAGCUCGCAGGCGCAGGCGAGCAGUGCUCGCGCCGAGGCGCUCGAGGCGCGCGAGCGGGAAGACGAUCUAGCGCUACAGCUGCUCAACAUGAGCAACGCCUCCGCGACCGCCGAGUCUCGCCUCGCGGACGCUGCCGCACAGCUGGAGGCGGCGGAGCGAGAGGCCACGGCGCAGCGCUCGCGCGCUCAGGACGCCAUCUCCGAGGCCGAGGCGGCGCGGGGGGAGGCGCUCAAGCUGGCAGAAGAGGUGUCAAGCCUCAAUGUGGUGAUGGAACGGCAGGCUCUCUCUCUGCAGCAAGACCGGCUGGCGCUGCAGCGGACGGCGGUCGAGGCGGCAGAGGCGCAGCUCGAACGGUCGCAGCAGGCCGAGGCGCGUGCUGAUAGGGAGAGCCACGCGCUGGGCGAGGAGAGGGCAGCACGCGAGGCAGCGGUGGCCGAGUACGAGGCGGAGAUGGGCGAGGCGCGUGCGCGCGAAACGGCGCUGCGGAGGGCGCUCGCCGAUCAGGCGGCGCAGCUGGUUGCAGCAACCCGCCAUCUCGAGCUCUUGGGGGGUGAGGGAAGCGUGCAGUGGCAGAAGCCGUCGAGGCACGCGCCGUGGCCUGAGCAGUCGCGCAUGCAGUUCGACGAGAGCGGCUCGCAUGAGGCGCCUGCAAAGCCGGUAUACCUGCGGGAAAAGCCGAUGGCGUGCGGCGUUGCGCUAAACCUGCGGUGCGUUAGCACUGGGAGCGAGCAGUCCGGCCCCCAGCGGUAUGGACCGCAGUCGCACCGUGCCAGCGGCACCACCGCAUCCGCCAGUGGCAUCGCGCACACCCCUCCCUCGGCGCACCUCGCUGGACAUGCCGCCUCUGCCGCCUCUCCUGCCGCCCCCUGCCGAUUUGGGGCGGCAAAGUGCCACGCGCCGCCGGUGAGCACCGGCGUGGCCGCACCGGGCUGCGGCGGGAGGGGCGAGUCGCGGUGGCAGUACUGCGAGUAG